AUGAAAGUUAGAAACCACCUAAAAGCUCUUUUGCGGAAGAACUUUAUAUUAUGGAAAAGAAACUGGAUAUGCUCCAUUUUCGAGAUUUUCCUUCCUGCAAUAAUUGGAUGUUUCUUUUUUGUAAUAAGAAAUUAGAUCAAGAUAACAGACAUUGAUACAAAGAGUUAUAUUGAUGAGAGAGUCACUCUUGUACCUGAUUUUUAAAUUUUGGGAAAGAAUCAACAAACUGGCAAAGAUAUCUUACCAAUUAUGAAAGAUUGCAUUCAUGGAAAGACUUCGCAUUACCCUAGCUAUGCAAAUGGACAUGUUGCCUUGAUUGGAGACCAUGAAAUCUUAGAUAAAUUAGAAACUAUAUUUACAAAAAAUUAUUAGUAUCCUGUUAAGAGAUAUUAAGAUGUUGAAUAGGUAAAUAAACAUGUUAAAGACCCUAACUAUAAUUACGAUCUUUGUUUGGGUAUUUAAAUGAACAAGGCUCUAAAUAAUGUAUACGAUUACACACUAUUCUUCAACAACACUGGUAAAUACUUCUUUGAGAUGCCAAAAACUUUGACAGCUGCGAAAUUUGAUUAUAUGUUCGAUAAAAGGGAAGACCAUUUAUAUAAAUAUAUUAACACUGGAUUUAUGACUCUUUAAAAUUGGAUAGAUAACAUGAUAUUUUAAAUUGAAAGUGGAGACCAAAAUUCAUCAAUCACUGUUGAACUAAGCUCUAUGAAGAUUAUUAAGCAUGGGCAGGAUGAUUUGGCAGAGAAAAUGUAGGGAAGAUUUGCUACAUACAUAGUGCUUCCUAUGAUUAUUGUUUAUUUAAGAAUGACAUAUGGCCUGCUAAUAGAAAAAGAAAAAAGAAUUAGAGAAGGCAUGAAGGUGAUGGGAAUGUCUGAUACCAGUUUUUACUUAGCAUGGAUUAUUCACUAUUUAAUAAUUUAUGCUUUAUGCAGUCUUUUUGCUGUAAUAAUUCUUAAGACUGCUAUAUUCAAAGAAAGCGAUUUUUCUGUCCUUUUUGUUUGGCAUUUCUUGUUUGGAAUAACUCUGAUUUUCUAAAGCUUGUUUAUCACUACUUUCUUUACCAGAGCUAAGAUUGGAAAUAUUAUUGGCAUGGUUUUCUUUUUGCUUUAGUACAUGGUCAUUUUUGUUAUCAGAUAGUAGGAUGAUGUCACUAAGUCUAUGAAAAAUGGGGUCUCUAUUCUUUCUCAUACUGGUACCACUCUUGCUUGCGAUGUAUAUUUGCUGAUAGAGAGCUAAUAGAAGGGUAUCACAUGGAGCAAUUUAGACUUUUAAAUUGAAAAUUACUCAGUAUUGACUAACUUCUACAUGAACAUCAUCAAUAUAAUUAUAUUUUUUGUUCUUUCUAUCUACUUAGAUUAAGUCUUUCCUAAUGAAUUCGGUAAAAAAUAACACCCUCUCUUUUUUAUUAGGUGGAUUUGGAAAAGAUAAAAAAGUCAAUCUAGUAUCAAACCAGAAGUUCUAAGUAAUGAUACAGAAAAUUUAAUAGAUUUAAAAGAAAAUUUUGAAGAAGAAGUUGCAAUGAAUUUGAAAGAAUAAGAAAGAGAUAAUCAAGUCCUGAAAGUAAAUGAUUUAUACAAAGUAUAUCCAUCAGGAAAGUCUGCUGUUAAUGGAGUCACAAUGACGAUGUACAAAGACCAGAUAUUUGCUCUGCUGGGACACAACGGAGCAGGUAAAACUACUACUAUUUCUAUGUUAACAGGAAUGUAUGAGUUUACAAGUGGUUCUGCUGUUGUUUUUGGAAAAGAUGUACAAAAUGAAAUGAGAGAAAUUCGUACUUUUAUGGGUGUUUGUCCUUAGCAUGACAUCCUUUUUGAUGAUUUGAGUGUAAAAGAACAUCUAGAACUAUUCGCAUCUUUUAAAGGAAUGACUGAUAAAAAAUUAAUUGCAGAAGAAGUUGAAAAGUAUAUUGCAGAUGUUGAUUUGGCUGAAAAAAGAAAUGAACUUUCUAAAAAUCUCUCAGGCGGCUAAAAGCGUAGACUAAGUGUUGCAAUCGCCUUCAUAGGAGGCAGUAAGCUUAUCUAUUUGGAUGAACCUACAAGCGGAAUGGACACUUCCGCUCGUCGUCAUAUUUGGGAUAUGCUGAAGAGAUACAAGAGCGAAAGAAUUAUUUGCCUGACAACACAUUUUAUGGAUGAAGCUGAUUACCUUGGAGAUAGGAUAGCUAUUAUGGCUGAAGGUUAAAUCGUUUGCAUGGGUAGACCUUUAUUUUUAAAGAAUAAGUUUGGAGCUGGAUAUCAUCUUACAAUUGUCAAGAAAAAUCCAACAGAUCCUUCUGUUCCUAUAAUAUAAUUUGUAAAAAGUGUUAUCCCUUCUUCUAAGCUUGUUUCUGAUGUCUCUGCAGAAGUUUCUUUUUAAUUAAAUAACGAAAGUCUACCAUAAUUUGCUAAGCUCUUUAACGAUUUAGAUUAGCAAUUAGACAAGCUAUCUGUUUAAUCCUAUGGUAUUUCAAUUACAACUCUUGAAGAAGUGUUUUUGAGGGUGGCACAUUUAAAAGAUGAAAUUAAAGAGAAAAAAAGAAAGCAACUUUAGGAAUAAGCCAAGCAAAAAGAAAAUAAUAUCAACAAUAAAGCUAACUUAGAUAAUAAAAAAAAUUAGAAUUUAGAAAUGAGUUUGAGAGAAGGAGAGAAUAACAAUAACAUAAACAAUCCUGAAAAGAACUAUAAAUUACCUAGUGUGGACGAGAUUGAAUGUGAAAACAAAUAGGCUGGGUUACUUGGAGUUGAUAAUUUUGAUUUGAAUAAUGUCAGGAUUACCAAAAAAAGAGAAUUGUUUUUCAUUCAUUUGAAAGCACUAAUAAUAAAACGUUUGAUAUACUUUAAGCGCGAUAUCAGGUCUUUGCUUUGUGAAAUAGUCCUUCCAUGCAUUGUAGUUAUUUUUGGACUCAGUUUGGCUUUAGUUUCGUUUUUAAAAGAUUAGCCUGGAGUUUUACUAAAUUCUUCGCUAUAUGAAAAUAAUUUACCAACAAUAGUUUCUAGUUCUUCACUCAGCUUUUCAUAAUAAAUAGAUUAGAUUUUAGAUCAUUUCCCUCUAAAUAAUAAAAAAUAAAACUUUGAAUUUGAAAAGAAAUACGAUAUAUCUGAUAUUAAUUAGUGGGAUGAGUAUAAUUUUAGUAAAAGAGGUGUAGACAGAAUAGGAUCAUAUUAUGUAAAAUCUAUUACCCCAGAUAUGCUAAAGUAUCAAUACAUCACAGAAUUAAAUACAAUUGCAAGAGACUCCUCAGGUGUAUAUGUUAAUGCUAUGAACCAAGCAAUUAUAAAUAGCUAUUUGUAGUACAAAAGCAAAGUAAAUAACUAACCUACAGCUAGAAAGAUACAAAUUAAUGCAACAUUUUAGCCUUGGCCUCUCACAGAGAAAAUCAAAAGCUUAGAAGGAACUGCUGAUGGUCUAGUUUCAAGUUUUAUAUUCUCAAUAGGAUUCUCAUUUAUUCCUGCAAGUAUAAUUACUUUCUGUGUCAAAGAAAGAACUGAGAACAUAAAGCAUUAACAGCUUGUAAGUGGAGUAGGAAUAGUCAGCUAUUGGGCUAGCAACAUUAUUAUGGAUAUGGUUAAGCAUAUUUUUCCAGCAGCAUUUUGCAUUUUAAUGGUGAAGGUUUAUGAUAUAGAUACUUUCAUGGAUGGUAAUACCUUCUCAGCAAUAGUCCUUUUGAUGUUUUUAUAUGGAUGGAGUGUAAUUCCUUUCACUUUUGUGACAUCUUUUCUUUUUGGUGAUUACGGAAACGCUUAAGUAUCAGCUUUCUUUAUUAACUUUUUGUGUGGUGGCAUUCUACCAACAAUAGUAGCCAUUUUACGUAUCAUAGAAUCAACUGAAAACUCAGGAAUAGCACUCGGAUGGAUUUUUCGUAUCAUUCCUUCCUUCAGUUUUGGUUACGGAAUACUGAAUAUAGGAAAUAGAGAACUUUACAAUAUUACUAAAAUGAAUAAAGAAAUUCCAUCAGCAUACGAGCUUGACAUAGCAGGAGGAGAUAUCAUUUUGAUGUUUGUUGAGGGUAUUGUUUAUUUGGCUAUCCUAUUUUUAAUUGAAUGGGCAUAGCAUAUUGGUUCUAUUUCAAGAUACUUUUCAAAUGAAAACUCAGUUUAAUAUAUACCUAAAGAACAAGAUAGCGAUGUUUAGAAGGAAAUUGAUUUAGUUGCAUUAUCAAAGCCAUAAGAUUAUUCUGUUAGAGUUCAGAAUUUACGCAAAGUAUUUAUCCCAGCUAAGAAUAGAAUAAAAGUAGCAGUAGAUCAAAUUUCUUUUGGUAUUAAAAAUGGAGAAUGUUUUACACUUCUAGGAGUCAAUGGGGCUGGUAAAACUACAACAUUCAAGAUUUUAUCAGGAGAAAUUCAUCCUACUUCAGGUAGUUGCCAUAUAAAUGGAUACGAUGUAGCUACUUAGAUUGAAUAAGCACGCAGAAAUAUAGGAUAUUGCCCUUAAUUUGAUGCUCUUCUUGAAAAUCUUACAGCUUAUGAGCAUCUCGAGUUGUAUGCAGCUAUCAAAGGUAUUCCAUAUGACCUUAGAAAGCCUCUUAUAAAGCAAAAGAUUUAGGAAAUGGAUUUGAUUGAUUUUGAAAAUAAAUUGGCAGGAACUUACAGUGGUGGUAAUAAGAGAAAGCUCAGUGUAGCAAUUGCUAUGCUAGGUAAUCCUCCAGUUGUGUUUUUAGAUGAACCUUCAACUGGAAUGGAUCCUGCAGCACGUCGUUUUAUGUGGAGUGUCAUUUCAAGGAUAUCCACUCAGCGUCAAAAUUCUAGUGUUAUUUUAACUACACACUCUAUGGAAGAAGCAGAAGCGCUUUCAACUCGUAUUGCUAUUUAAGUAGAAGGUUAGUUAAAAUGUAUUGGCACAGUUUAACAAAUAAAAAAUAAAUUCGGAGAAGGAUACGAAGUUGAAUGUAAAUUAAAGUUACCUUCUAAUGACUAAUUAGUCUAAACACUGAAGACAGAUUUUAAUUUUGAUGGAAAAGAAAUUUAAAAUAUUCACGUAUUUCCAAACAACUUGCAAGAAAAUUUAGCUAAAUUAAAUGCUAUGGAAUAUUAUGAUCUAAUUACUAAAAAUGAAUAAUUUGCUUAAAUUUAUUCAAGAAUAAAGUCCUCAAUAGGCGUUUCUUUACUAAACUUGUAUCAAUUCAUUUUGUUAGAAAAUUUAGGAAGUAACCUUUAGAAAUUCAUUAAGCAAAAUCUUGGCGAAUAUUCAAUUAUUGAGCACUUUGAUGACUUCUAUCGUUUUAGAAUCGAAUCUAAAAUUUCUAUUGGAAAAAUGUUUGAAAAUUUUGAAAACAACAAAUAAAAUCUAAGUAUUCUAAAUUACUCAGUUAAAUAAGCUUCCAUUGAAUAAAUCUUUAAUUUAUUUGCAUAAAAUAAAAUCAAAGUAAACUAAAAAGUACAUAAUCUCCCUGGUAAAAACAAUCUUCCUAAUGAAGAAGAUCCUUAACAAUAAAACAGCAAUUCAAGUGGAUAAAAAUCAAUAAAUAUAGAUAUAUUAAAAUGA